AUGAAUGCAAACAAUAAUGGCUUUGUAGCUUUAUUCUAUCGAAUUAUACUAUUCUACACUUUUUCAUCUAAAUGUUUCUCCGCAAUUUAUAACAUAACUUCAUCCCGAGCUUUAUCUCAGGGCCAAACUCUGGUAUCCUCAAACCAAAUUUUCGAGUUAGGCUUCUUUAGUCCCAAUAACUCUGCAAAUAAGUACGUGGGAAUCUGGUAUAAGCAAAUCUUACCCCUUACAGUUGUGUGGGUGGCAAACAGAGACAACCCUCUCACAGUUGCAGACUCUCCACCAAGUCUAACCAUUGGCAGCAAUGGAAAUCUUGAGCUCUUGGAUAGAAACAACAACUCUGUUUGGUCAACCAAUGUCGAAAUCCAAUCCAAUAUUAGUUCAGUGGCAAUUCUUUCAGAUUACGGAAACUUAAUUCUCAAAUAUGGUACACAGUACUUAUGGGAGAGCUUUAAGCAUUCUGGGGACACAUUCUUACCAGGAGCAGAGUUGGGUUUUAAUGUCAAAACUGGGGAGAGUUUUGUCUUGACUUCAUGGAAAAGCAAUAGUCACCCUUCAGCUGGGUUUUCGAAAGUGAAACCACCACAAGCUUUCAUUUGGAUCAACGGAUCAACGCCGCUGUGGAGAAGUGGACCAUGGGCUAAAACUAAGUUCACGGGCGGCGACUGGUAUACGAACUGGAAGGCACCAGCUACUCGGUGCGACAUAUAUGGAGCUUGUGGACCUUUUGGGGUAUGCAACGACGCUGGAUCUCCCAUUUGUAAGUGUUUGAAAGGUUUUGAACCAAAAUCAUUUGGAGAGUGGAGCAAAGGGAACUGGACUGGAGGGUGCAAGAGACGAAACAAACUAAGUUGUGCCAAAAACACCACUGGUUUAGCUUCACGGAGAGACAAGUUAGCAAAGGAAAUUUGGGAGGCGCUGCAAAAGAAAUAUGAUACAGAAGAGGCAGGGACUAAAAAAUAUGAUGUUAGUCGCUACCUGAAGUAUCAGAUGGUGGACGAUAAAUCUGUGGAGGCCCAAUCUCACGAAAUUUAG